AUGGCCCAUGGUGGUCGAGAGAUAGCUAAGGUGGACUCGGAAGGAACAAACCCACAGCCUAUUAUUUAUUCAGACCCUGCCAAAGGUUUCUACACCCAGAUACACAGCGCUGCAAAUGUACAGUUUAAUGGCAAGAUGACUGUCUACAUGGGCUCCGAGGGAUAUAAGAAGAAAAAUAUCAAACCACGAAAACCUGUCACUAAAUCUGCAGAACCAGUUACACUUGACCAGCUGCUGGACAUCAAAGAUCGACUUGGACGCGACUGGAAAGAUCUUGGACGCCGUUUUAAAUUUGAUGAUGCAUUGUUGGAGCAGAUGCAGCAUGAUUACAGAGAUAACAUGAGCGAACUGAAUUACCAGAUACUGUCUCGAUGGCAGAGAGAGAAUCCACAUCAGGCUACUCAAGCCAACCUGGCCAAAAUAUUUGUGGCCAUGUGCCGGGGAGAUUUGUCAGACUUGUUAGCGGAGCAGGAAAUAUAA